AUGUCCUCAUCUUCGGACGUGCGUUCGCGGGUGUCGGUGCGGCGGGGCUAUGGAUCGCGGUCAUGUCCUUGUUGCACGGGUGCGCAACUUCAAUCUGAUUCGGGGUUUCGCCAUCACCACGUCCUAACGACGCAUCCUCAGAUCGCAACGGAGAAGCAACGACCUAUGCUGCUAGGUGCCAUGGGGGGCGUUUAUGCGAUCUGCUCGGUCGCAGGUCCUAUCAUUGGAGGCGCACUCAGUCAACACGUUACGUGGAGGUUCAUCCUGCGCGUGACUCAAUCGGCACUUAGUGCGGUGGAAUUGCGAUCGUUUUUGUCUUCCUAUGCUUGCCCAAUCUCCCGCCCACCGAUUCGAGUGGCGGCGCUCGUUGGAGACGACUGGACUAUGUGGUGCUGUUCUCAGGUGGCGAUGGUCACGUUGCUCCUUCUCCCUCUCCAGUGGGGAGGAAACACCCGUCCGUGGUCCGACCCGGUGGUGAUCGCGCUUCUGGUCGUGGCAGGGUGUUUGGUCGUGGUCUUUGUUGUAUGGGAGCACCGGCAAGGGUCAAGAGCGCUGCUUCCCAUCAAAAUGAUCCUUACUGGGAGCAUGCUGGGAAUAUGCCUUGAAGCGGUACGUAAACGAAGUUCGAUACUGACGCACCAACAGCCUCUGUUCUAUCAAGUCAAGGGAAGUUCUGCGGAACAUUCCGGGGUCAAUAUCCUUCCGUUCAUGAUCAUGUCGUGUCUUCGAAUACUCGCACACUAUUCACCUCCGAGUCGACUGCAGCUCACAGGUCAUGUUUGGCCUUUCCUCUUGAUAUCUCCUGCGCUCGCGGCUGUUGGAGGUGGCCUUCUUUUCACCGUCGGCCUCGGCACAGAUAACGCAAAGUUGAUCGGCUACCAAAUCCUCCUCGGGUGUGGUCUCGGCGCCGCCAUACAGAACACCAUCGUGACCGGCCAAGCGCAGUACGUCGACUCUCCAGAGAUGAUCUCACAGGCGACCGGGCUCGUCACGUUCAUGCAGCUCCUCGGGGCGUCGAUCGGGCUAGCGUGA